AUGUACUACUCAUCAUCAGUGAUCAUACUAUUAUGCACGCUUAUGUCGGUUGAGUCUAAUGACCAAAAUUAUCACAAGACGGUAGUUUCCACAAGAACUCAAAAUAAUGUGAAUCCUAAUCUAUGGAUCUCAGAUUUGUUUUAUCAAGCGUUAAAAAAUUUUACAGUUCGAGAUGGGAGCACCGCUUGUCAGAAAGACACCAAGAUAUACGAAAUAAAUUUAAAAAAUUACACCAGUUGGGCCGUCAGAAGUAAGUACCCGUAUACUAUUAAAGUGAUUAGUAAUUCAUUAUUCGUAUAGAAUAUUGCUUACACUUAUAUGACAUAGGUUAUAUUUGUAUUAUUAUUGUUACUAUAAUUUAAUUUUGUUUUUCAGUGGCAGAGUCCUGGGACCACUAUCCAAUUGGUAUACUAGGAGGCAAUAGAUAUCACUUAGGUAUUUACGAUGAAUGCGUUGAUUUGCACCAUCCAAUAAGAGGACAAUAUUGUCUAUCCGAAAUAAAAUUAACCACCAUGACUGAAAAAGAUUAUAGUUUCAAUAGAACUGAUGACUUAAAUAACUUUGGCAACAAUAAUACCUGGAAUAUAAUACUUGGGGUAUGUACAAAAUAUUGAGAAUCGGCGAAUAAAAAAUACCAGUACAAAAAUAAAAACGAAAACAAUAGGACUAGGUAAAUAUUGAGUAUGUUUAGUUAGGUAGGUAUGAUAAUAUGAACUCAUAUAAGUAUUAUAAUAUAUAAAAACUAUAUUUUGAAAUUUUUUAACAAGAUGAACUACUUUUAACUUUUAAAAUCUAUACAUUGGUUACCUCUCAAUAGUAAAACAUUUAAUCACCAAUAAAAAAAACUGAUACUGUUGAUGGCUGCGUCAUUUGUGUAAGUGAGUAGUUAAGAAAGUAGGAUAUUUAAAGUUAUUUAGUUUAUAUCUGUGGGCAAUGAUAAACUGUUGCUAACGAAAAACGAUUCUGAGUGAAUUUUAUUUAUAUAUGAUUUAGACGGCUGUAAUUUUUACAAUUAUAAUCAAAAUUUGAUCUAAAGCCACAAUAAAAAAAAAAUUACUACAUUAAACUCUUUUUUUUUUUUUUUUUUUAUGACCAGUAUGUACAUAUAUACAUAUAUGUAUAAUGAACCUCUUGUUGAAUUUUCAAGCGUUUUUAUCUGGUCAAAAAAAAAAAAAAAAAAUAUUUGAUUAAAUCCACGAAUUCAUUUUUUAUUCUGACUUUUUAAUCCUUCACAAAUUAAGUAAAAAAUCAAUAAAUUGAAAAGUAUUCAAAAUGAUCGGUAUUGGCGGGAAUCAAAUGUGUCUCAUCUGGUUUCUAGUUGAUUGGGUUACCAAAAUAAAUAAUAUAUAAUAAUAUAUAAUUAUAUAUUAUCUAUGAUUUCUACUGAGAUUAAAACAUGCCUCAUCAUGUAUCUCAGAUAGAUAACGUUAUUAACACGCCGUAAGCAGUGCAGUACUUUAAUAUACCUGAUGUUUGGUAGGACAUAUUUGAAUUCGCGCCAAGAUUGAUCUUUUUAAACUAGGUAAAUUUUUAAUAAGUCCUACAAUAAUGAAAAGAAAAAAAUUAUUUUUUAAUCAGAUUAAAACUAUAGAAUUAGGGAAAAUGCAUUUGAAAAACAUUGACAAUCCCCAUAAUAUUUUUAUAGUCUAUAGUCUAUACGAAAUUAAAACUAUGUAAAAAUUGGCAAACAUAAAUGAUUAAAUAAUGUCUCAAAUGUUUUUAAAAUUUUGCUGCGCCUAAAAAAAGCAAAUAUAAGUUUUUGAGUUAAGAUUGGUUUUCUUUACGAAUAUUUUUACCUGAAAAAACAUAACAAAUAAAUAACAAAAAAAAAAAUAAUAAUAAUAAUUAAUCAUUUUUCAUUUCAGUGGGUUAAUUACCCCGAUCAAGUUCAACGGAAUAUUGUGAAUAUAGGAAUAUGUAUACCGUAUUCUUGUUCGGCAUUAGAUCUACAAAUAUCAUUACAAAAGGAAUUAGAUAGAGUAUUUUUUCAAGAACAAAUCAAAGCUGCAGUCAAAGUGGAUCCGAUUAUGUGUACCGUCAGUGGAGAUAUGUAUUCUCAUAACACAGCAUAUUAUAUUACUUGGUAAUCUAAAAAUUUAAUAUUAUUAAUAUUUUUGGAGAUAUUUAAAUAUUCAAUCUAAAUAUUAUUUUAAACAAUAUUUUAAUAAAGAAAGGAUAGCGUAAAAUUGUAAAGUAGUUAUAGGUUUUUCUAAAAAUACUUUCCUGCUUAACAUUUCAAAUAAAAAUAAAAAUAUUUAAUUUAAAAAAAUAUAAUAAUUAAACUUUAAUAAUGAAUAAACCAUGUAGAUAUAUAGUGUAUACUUUCGUUAGUAGUUAGAUAGUAAUUAGGUGAAUCACUGUAAAUGUAUGGAAAUAAUGAAAACUGUGGAAAAAAAGUUCUUUUGAUUUUUAUAAUGUAAAUGUAAUAUCAGUGUCUUACAGGGGCAUCGCGUAACAAUAUUGAAUAUUUACUUAUCUAAAAAUAAAUUUAAAACUGAAAUGACAAUAAAAACGGUGAGGCCAACAUAUUCAAAAAGGAGGGUUCUUAUUUGGGAAACAAAAGGUUUAGUUUACUUAGUUAAGGUAUAUGUAGUAGGGGUUAUAAAUUAAAAAUGGUUUUAAACUAAAGCUUAACCGAUUUCAUAAUGAUUAAAAAUAAAACAGAAAUCAAAUUCACUUAAAUUUCUCCCCGAAAAUAAUUGGUUCAUGAGAAAAAAAUCAACCCGUUUAUAAUUUGAUUUUAUUAUUUGUUUAGCUCAUUUUUAGUACUACUAGUUAUAAUUUGCUGUACAGCAACAGCAUUACAAUAUAUAAAUCCAUCAUAUUAUCAAAACAAUAAAACCUUCAGUAAGUAAUAAAUGGAUGGGUGCAUAUUAAAAAUUUUACGAUCGUAUUUAUUCGGAUCUGUACAUAUUAUUCAAUUACAGGUGAAAUUUCUAAUGUAUUUUCAUUCAUGGAAACGAGCAAAGAAUUGUUAAAAUUUGAUAAAAACCACGAGUUAAAUAUUAUAAAUGGUUUUAAAGUAGUAUUAAUGUUUAUUAUACUAAUUGGUCACAGAUUAAUGUUUGUAAUGGCGACUCCUAUGAGUUAUUCAAAAACUAUUGAAAAUGUAAGUAUAAAAAUAAAUGCUUAAAAAAAUAUUUCUAUACCUAUUAAACAUAACUGUAUAAUCAUAUGAAUAUUAAUUAUUUUUAUAUACGUGUAAAAAUCCAUCUAUUUAUACAUUUAGGGAAAAAACAACAUCAGAAGAGUAUAAAUAUUUCAAACAAUUUUUCUAAUAGUAAUACGUCUUAAAUUCAAAGAUUUGUAUUAUUAUACUAAUAUAUAAGAGUAUCAGUAAUAAUAGCUGAAUCAAAUAUGAUUCCGAGAAAAAGAUUUAGGUCGAAAUUUGCACAGUAUAACAAAUUAACCAGAGGAAAAUAUGGUUAAAUACAAAAAUGGCCAAAAGACAAUAUGACUGUCGAAAAAUUAGACUUUUACACAAAUAAAUUAAAUUAAAAUUUUGUUAUAUGAUAUUUUUUUGUAUUAAACUAUAUUUUUCUUUGUCAUUUUACCCAUUUUUUUUCUAUGACAAUUUUAGAUUUGCCCAUUAUUACCGACAUCCACUUUAUGUAGGCAUAUCAAAAUUUUAUUUUUUUUUGAAAUAUAAUAACCAAACAAAUUAUAAUUACAGAUUUACUUGGAUGGACCAAUGAUUGUAUUGACUAGUAUGAAUGUAGUUGACUCAUUUUUUUAUAUAAGUGGAUAUCUUACGUACCGGUCAGUAACUCCAAUAUUUUUAAAAGCUGGGUCAGGGUGGUCCGAUAUAGCAUUACAAAUUAUUCGUCGAAUAGCUAGGUAAUCAUUUUUUGAACAAUUGAAUAAUUUUCAAAUCGAACUUUUUUAUUUUAUCAUUAUAAUAAUGUCUUAAAGUUCAGUUCGUCGCAAUCGUUUCACUUAGUUCAUUUCGCCGUCAUUAAUUUUGUCACUAUUCAUUUGGUCUUCUUCUUUCGCUACGAGAACAUUUUCGUUUGAAAUUAUAUUCGUCAAUUUACUUAUUUCUUUUUUUUUAUGUCAUUCUUUAUUUUCUAAUUAAGUAUUUUACUGAAAUUCAUAAGACAGUAGGUACAUUUCUUGGGGAGUUAAUCCCCCUGUAAAUUGUUUUUAAUAUUAAAAUUACUAAUUGUGUUUAUCAAACAAAAAAAAAUAAUAGAGUUAUGAAUUGACCUCUCAACCCAAAUUUCAGGAAAAUAAAUAAAAAGUAUAAAAAAUAACGUAUAACAUUACAGGUACUGUUAUACCUAACUUUCUGGUACCUGUAGUACCAGCAAGUCAAAGUGAGUAAGUAAAAUGGCUUAUUUACGAGGGGGGGAGAUCCCUAGAGGCACACAACUUCUUAAAUGAUAUAAUUGAGAUAUGAUAAGGCUUGAUAUGAUUUAGAUUUUAGGUGGACCAAGUUAGACAGAAAGUAUUAAUCCAUCUUUUCCCAAUAAAAAGGCGAUCGGGUGAAUUUCAGGCGAAUUCCUCUGGAAGGAAUUUAAUGGGUAUCAAAAUAUGGAGAGGACUUGUGUGAGAUGCCAAGCCAAAUUUGUUGGUAUUAAAAUCGCACUCCUUUCCCCGUAAAUACGUCACUAUAUCUACCUACUAUUAUGGUUUUACUUUAUCUACUUUUGGAACAAAUUUCCAAGAAGGGGGGGCAUUAACUUCCCCAGGCAUGGCCUUGUAUUAAGAAAUAUAGAAGAUAUAAAAAAAGAAAUAAGAAUAUUGGCAAAUAGGUUUCAAACAGAAAAAAGGUCUCGCAAUAGUCUCAAAUAAUUAGCGGUGAAAUGAAUAGCAACGAAAUGUGUAGCCAUGAAACAUUGACGACGAAAUGUUGUUAAAAUGUUUGUGGUGAAAAUGUUUGGUGUAUUAUAAACUUUGGAGUUAUUAAAAAAAAUAAAUUGUCUAAACAAUUUUAGGUUAUUACCGGCUUAUUAUGUGAUAAUAGCGAUAACUGCUUACAUCUUACCCGAACUUGGAGAUGGCCCGUUAUGGCUACAAAAAACAUGGAUUGAUGCCGAAAAAUGCAAAAAUUAUUGGUGGGCAAAUGUAUUAUUCAUCAGCAAUUUUAUUGAUAGCCGACAUGAAGUAAGUCUUUAGGAAGUUUAGGAUGUACAAAUAAUAAUUAUAUAAAUUAAAAUUUAGAGCCCAAGCUACAGCCAUGUCAAUAAUGCAAUACGCCAUAAUAUUAUAUAAAUUAUUCAAAUAUAAUAAUAGCAUAGAGUAUAGAUAAUAAUAUCUAUACAAUAUAACAAUACAUUUAUAUCUAACAAUUUCAUAAUUCAUAUUGCAGUGUCUAAUAAACAGUUGGUAUGUAUCGUGUGAUAUUCAUUUUUACAUAACCGGAGUUAUUAUUCUUUACGUAUAUUCAAAGAACAUUAAAUAUGGUAUCGGAUUAUUUAGUGUUGUACUUGGUAUAUCGUUAUUGACAACAUUUACCAUUACGUUUUUAAUGAAACUCGAUGGAUUGUUUUUAAUGCAUAUCGCGUAAGUUACUAUAUAUAUAUAAGAAUUUUAAAAAAUAAUUAAUUUAUAUCGUUUAAGCUUUAUUUUAAAAGCAUUUUAAAUUUUUUACUUUCACUCCGUAAACUUUAAAUAAGUGUAUACUUUUGUUUUUUAAUUAGGAAUCAAGGGCAUUAUUUCAAAUUUUUGAAAGGUAACAACUAGGGAGACCAAAAUGAUGAAAUCUUGAUAAAUUUAAGGUAUGCAGAAGCAUACCUUGGCACUCUGCAAUACUUCAAAUGACGCACUUGAUAGGAAUCUUACUUUUUAAAUACAGAUCCAAAUAGAGAAUAUUUAAAUAAUAGAAGAGUUAUCAAUUUAUCACUUCAAAAUAGACAUACAAUUUAUAAACCAGUCUAAACUUUAAACAGUUAUAACGCCUAAAGUUAAAAAAAAAACAAAAGCAUAUGUAUAUUUAAGGUUAAUGGAGAAGAGGUAAAACAUAGAAAUUAUUUUAAAAUAAAAUCCAAACGAUUCCAUGAAGUUUAAAAAAAAAAAAAAACGAAAUACAAAUUCACCAAAAAUUCUCCGAGAAAAUUGCUGGUUUAUGAUAAAAAAAAUCAUCCUGUAUAAUAUUAUUAUAUUUAAUUUUUUACAUUAUAGUGUUAUUUUUAUACACUUUAGGAGGUGAAACGAAAUAAAUAACGAUAUAAAUCAUAACGAAAUACUCAUUAUACCAGAAAAUAUUAAUUUUCUUCAAAAUUAGCUUUUUAGAGUGAUGGAACAAUAUUCAAUGUGUUGUAUAUAAUUGUAUUUAUAUAUAAUUACCGCAAUAAUGAUUUAAAAACUAUCAACAGUGUAUAUCUGCAAGUUUAUUAAUUAGUCUCUCACAUUUGUCAAUGUAUUUCGUUGCAAUUAAAAUCUAGUUUAAGCUCAAAUAAAUGAUAGUAGACUUUUGAGAACUAUGAUCGUAUUGUAUAUAAUUGACAUACGAGGUCUGGCUAUUAAAUAACGAGACUGUUUAUGAAAAAUGGUUUUAUUUUAAAAAUUAUNACACACCGUUUCAUUCGUUUCUUCCAUUGCUCGAGGCAGUGCUGGAAGUCUGUUUUCGUAAGACCAUUCAGGAGUUCCGCCGAUUUUUGUUUCACCUCUUCCAUCGACUCAAACCGGAUUCCUUUUAAGGCAGACUUUAUCUUCGGAAACAAGUAAAAGUCGCAGGGUGCCAAGUCUGGUGAGUAAGACGCGUGUUCGAGUACUGGAGUGCCUUAAGCGGCCAAAAAACGCUUCACAGACAGCGCGUUAUGGGCAGGUGUGUUAUCCUGGUGCAAGAUCCACGACUUAUUUUUCCACAAUAUCGACCGUUUCUUACGAACUCAUUCGCGCAAUGUUGCCAAAACUGUCAAAUAGUAAUGUUGGUUCACAGUUUGACCCUCUGGAACCCAUUCAGUCAUCACGAUGCCGUUGAUAUCGAAGAAAACGAUCAGCAUGGUUUUGAAUUUGGAUUACGACUGAAUUGGAUUCCGGUGCACUCUCGACCUUCAGAAAAUAAUUUAUGCCACUCAAAAACACGCGCCCGAGAUAGGAAAUCCUCACUAUAGGCCUCUUUUAACAACUUAUAGCACUCAGUUGGAGUUUUUUUUAGUUUAAUGAGAAAAUUUUACGUUUAUCCGUUGCUCAUGUUUUUCGUCACACAUCAUUUUCGGCAAGAGAAAAAAACAUGUUCGUUUCUAAACGCUACAGAAAAAAUACUAAAGCACCAACCAAAACCCAAUUUUGUACUGACAUAAUAGACACUUCCAGCUAACCAGCGCUGUAUUCGGUUUUCCCCUAACCUUUUUGGGACGCUCUCUGCGCGCGCAGUCUCGUUAUUUAAUAGCCAAACCUCGUAUUUAAAUCUAUGUCAUUAUUUGUAUUUUUGAACUAUUUAUACUAUAUGAAGUGUGAUGAAAAUUCGCAUGAUGAACUGGUAUCGUGGCUACAUACACUAAAAUAAGUGUGAUAAAAAAAAGAUUUAUGUAACAUUUUAAAGCUACUAAUUUCUUAAAAGGAAAUGGUUAUGUUGAUCACCUUAUAUAGUAAACCCGCAUGAAACUUUCUAAUAUUGAAAAAAAUAUAGGCAUUUCAUUAUAAAAAUAAAAUAACAUAAUAUGUAUGUAAGAUAACAAAUAAAAGUUUUAACAACAUAGAUUUUUAAUUUAACAUGAUUGCUUAACGCAUGCGUUAACGUCAACUGAGUUUGCUAUUUUAGAAGUCGAUAAAAUAAUCCUAUACACUAAUUGCCACGGGCUUUGAAUUAAUUCAGAAAUCAGAACAAUUAAUUUCUGUUGACAACAAAUUAUAUAAUCUGUUAUUUACUUAAAAGUUUUAAUUUCUACCAAGUUAUAAUAUUAUUAAACACAAAUCUUAUAAUUCAUGUUAAACAUAAAACUGAUUUUAGAAUUUUCGAAAACCCUCAAAAUUCUAUCACAUUUAAUGAAUCAUACAGACCAAGUUACAUGCGAGCUAUUCCUUUUCUCACAGGUUUGGGAGUAGGAUUAAUCGUUGAAAAGUUGAGAAAAAAAAAAGUUAAAUUUACACAGGUAAUAUUUACUAUCUCAUAUAUGCAUGCACCAAUGCAAAUUUUGUUUAAAAUUAAGACUAGAUUUAUUUUUAAUUUUGUAGCUAACUGUCUACGGUGGAACAUUCAUUAUUACCUCGAUUUGUUUGGCAGCUCAAUUGUAUGGAUUUUUGUUUUAUAAAAGAGAUAGACCUUAUAAUCCUUUAGAAAACUCUUUUUAUGCAAUUAUCAAUCAUUGUACGUGGGCAGUAAUAAGUAUGUGCAUUACCAUUUUUCACCUCACAUCUGGUUAUGGUAAGCUGAAUUUAAUAACUAAUGAAUUAACUUAAUUUUAAUAUUUAAUAAUUUGUUAUAUAUUUUAACAUUUUUAAAUUUAAAAAACAUUUAAUGAUUUACAUUGCUUACAGGUAUAUUAACAAAAGUGUUGAGUAAUAGAUUUCUGAUGCCCUUGGGAAGAAUCUCGUAUUCUGUUUUUUUAGUUAAUAUACCUAUAAUGACAAUGUCUCAAAGUGCAGAAAGAUUACCUACUUAUCCCUCGUAUGAAACUUUGGUAAGAUCAAUGUUUAGUUUGAUAAUAAUAUUCAAAUUAUUUGUCUGCCUAAAUUUAUUAUUGAAACUGCUACAAAGUACGUAAAAUGAAACAAUCAAUUUAUUUUACAGUUUUUUUUUUCAGGUUAAUUUAUUUAUACAAGAUACAACAAAAAGUUAUAUUCUGGCUGUAUUGUUAUAUUUGGUAGUCGAAGCACCGUUUGGAAACUUAGCAAAUAAAUUGUUAAGACGAGGGUAAGUUAAGGACGUAUUAUGAUACGAACGACGUACGUAUAAUAGAUUAUACGUAUUAUAAGUAGCAGUAUAGUAAUUAGUAGGCAAACAUUUAGACAACAUUAACCAGAAAAAAAUUAAAUUAUACAUUUUUCUUUUGAUUGUUAUAGUUUGAACUAUAAUUAGUAAAAUACUAUUUAAAUUAAGUAAAUAUAAUAGCAUAUACUACAUUGUUUAACAAAUAUUUAGUAGUUUAUUAUGAAGAUUUACUAUCUUUUAAAACAAUUUCAUCUUAACAAAAUCUACUAUCUAUCAAUUGUGUAGUAUGUAGUCAAAUAUAAAAUUAUAUAAUAAUAUUUACUACAUCACUAUAUACUAUAAUAUAGUAUCUAUCUAAUAUUUGAUUAAACAAUCUGGUAAUUUUUGCAUUUUUAGGUCAAUGAAGUCGUUGUCAAAUUCAAAUAAAAAAAAAAUUGACGACACCAUCUAUUAUGUUGAACAAGAGAUAAGUCAUUUGUAA